AUGGCGGACGAGUCCAAAGUCUUCUCCCUUGUAGGUCAGGGCCUCAAACUCGACUCCAAGGCCGACAUUCAGCCCCACCUCGAAAAGCUGGAACAGAUCACCGACCUCGAAGAGGUUCAUCUUGGCGGCAACACGCUCGGUGUCGAUGCAUGCCAAGCUCUCGCUGAUGUCUUGAAGAACAAGAAGACGCUCAAAGUCGCCGACUUUGCCGAUAUCUUCACCGGCCGACUCAUCACAGAGAUUCCUGACGCUCUCCGUGCCCUCUGCGAUGCUCUCACCGACCACACCAGCCUUGUAGAGAUCAAUUUGUCCGACAAUGCUUUCGGUGGCCGAUCUGCCCAACCCAUGGUCAACUUCCUCAAGAACAACCACAGCUUCUCCGUCCUCAAACUCAACAACAACGGUCUCGGUAUUACUGGCGGUACCAUAGUCGCCGAAGCUCUCUACGAGGCUGCACAGAACCUCAACGCAAAGGGCCUCCAAUCCAACCUUCGUACCGUAAUUUGCGGACGCAAUCGCCUAGAGAAUGGCUCCGCUCCUGUCUGGGCCAAAGCCUACGCUGCUCACCGCGGAUUGGUCGAGGUUCGCAUGUUCCAGAAUGGUAUUCGCAUGGAGGGUAUCGAAGCCAUCAGCAAAGGUCUUGCCUCAUGCCCCAACCUCGAAGUUCUCGAUCUUCAAGACAACACCGCCACCCUUCGAGGCUCCCGCGCCAUCGCCGCUUGUCUUCCCAAGUGGCCUAAGCUCAAGACCCUCAACCUUUCCGACUGUCUGCUGAAACCCAAAGGUGGCGCACUCGUGUUUGGUGCGCUUGCGAACGGCAGCAACCCAGCACUCGAGACCAUCCAAGUCCAGUACUGUGACUUGGAUCGAAAGGUCUUGCAUCAGCUCGGAAGCGCCAUUGAACUCCACCUCAUCAGCCUUACCAAACUCGACAUCAACGGCAACUGGGCCGAUGAGGAAGACGAGUGCAUCGAAAAGAUUAAGAGUGCGCUAGCCAAGCACGGCCACGAGGACGCACUGCUCGAACUCGACGAGAUGGACCCUGAUGGAGAAGAGAGCGAAGGCGAAGAGGAAGAAGAAGCUGACCAAGAAGAAGAGGAUGCCGACAAGGAAGUGAGCAAGCCAGCAGCUCCUGAAACCCAGGACGAGACUGAUGAGCUCGCUGCUGCUCUCUCAAAGACGAGUCUGGAUAACAACACUCGAGCGAAGACCUCAGAUGCACAGGAUAAAAAGGCUCAGGCGCCCGAAAAGACCGCAGCUGCAGCACAACCUGAUGUUCCUGCUGCCGAGGAAGUUACUGCAGCUCCAACCGCUGUUGAGCCCGAAGCAACCAACAAGCUUGCUACCGAGCAGGUCACUGCGACCAGCGGCGACGUAACAUCCGCUCAUGGUACACCGACCGACCCUGCUGUGGACCUCUCGGGCGAGCUCUAUUCAAAAGAUGCAGCCACGACAUCUGCUCCAGCUCAGGGUGCUGUUGAUGCGCCAAAGAAGAAGCGUGGCUUCCGUGCAGCUUGGGGCGCCAUCCGUGAGUUGCUCAAGUGA